AUUCUAUAUGAGUGUAUAUUAGUGUAGUGUACAUGAUAUUGUAUGAUUCCCUGUAAUUCGCGUCCCGUUCCAUGCAAUUCAGCUGUAUUCACUCUCAUUCUCUCGAAAGUGAAUGGUUUGCAACGUAGCGAAUCACGCUGAAUCAGCUGACAGGUUCGCUGCAGUUCUUGCUCGUUUCCUCCGAUUCUCCGGACUUUCCACUGGGAAUGACCCUGCGCGAACGGUCGCCGGGGUUCUGCUCGGAGGGGUGGAUGGUUCUGGUAUAUCUGCUUAUAUCUGGUGCUCGGGCAGGAACAGUGCCUGUGUGAGCGGGCGCGGGACGACUGGAUUGACAGCGGCAGAAGCAGCAGGAUGGCCAGCCCAAAGAUUGAGUUGGACCCCUCGCGUGGAGUCGCGUGGGCGUCCGACGGGCGCUUCCUGCGUCGCGGAGAUGUCUUCCUUCCUUCGUCUCCGGCGUCUUCCACCGUCCCCCCAAUUGCCCCCGAGUAUCUAAUCAAGACGUGCGAUGAUUGACCAGAUUGGCGCCCCGUGCAAGUCCAAGCAAUAAUAUCGUUGCCAUGUAGCUCGGAUGAGCACGCUGUGGAGAUUCCGGGGUUGCGCUGCUCGGCGCGUCAUGGACGGCCGAGGAGAGGCUGAUAGCCGACAAAGGGACACACGGAGGGUGAUCGGCCCUCGCUUCUAGCGCGUUCGC